AUGCUGAAUGAAGUCAAACCACUCAUAUCAUCAGAGGACAAUGAAGAGGCUAUGCUGGGUGUAUCUUCACUGGUUAAUGCCUACUGCAAGAAAAAUGAAUGUGAAAAUGAUAUAGACAUCGCCAGUAUUGUCUCCUCUAUAGAAGACAAGAUUGGUGUUGGGUGUUAUGUGGACAAAAACAAUCUUGGCAAGGUGAUCCUUAGUCUUAGAUCACUUGGAAAUGCUGGAUUCGUUAAUAAUGCCAUCAGAACAAUCACAAACUGUAUGAUCAAGAGAGACAAUCCCACAGAAGUCCGCCUUUCUGCUAUACAAGCCUUCCGUCGUAUGCCAUGCUCAAUAAGCUUUGACACAGAAUCUGACUCAUUGAAAGGAGAUCUGUAUAUGAGAGUUUUUGGAAAUGAGCUACUGUUUACUAGGUUCACCGGACUAAGUGAUGUCACUGAUGGUAAACCAAUCAAUAUUCUGGACAUUCUAACGACUCUUGCCAAGAAACAAGAAUACUCCUUCACACAGAGCUACGUGUUUUUGGAUAGCAGCGUCAUAAUUCCAACAAUGGCUGGCUUCCCAUUAAAUUUGACCAUUGAUGGAUCAGCUACCGUUGAUUUACGUGCCUCUGGGAAAAUGGAUCUGACAAAAAUAACCGACAGAUCCCCAAGUCUUUCUUUGAAUGGAUAUAUGAAACCAAGUGGCGCUGUCCAGAUCAACAGUAUGAUGAGCGUGGAUGCAUUUGUAACAAAAAGUGGAAUGAAAAUGAUUUCUACUAUGCAUUCCUCCUCUUCUCUCGAAGGACACGUAGAACUGGCAAAUGGAAAAGUACUAAGUGCACAGAUUAAAACACCAUUUGACAAAAUGGAAGUUUUCAAUGUCAAGACUGCUUUCUUCACUGUCCACCGUGAAGUUGAGAGAGAACAGAAAAUGAUUACUGCUAACAGACAGACAAAGAAAAUGUGUUCUGGAAACAAACUUGCAAAGAUUACCGGACUGGAACUCUGUGCUGAACUUCAGUAUCCGAACGCAUCAUUAAUAGCCGAUGCUCCAUACUUUCCAAUGACGGGACCAGUUAGUGCUGGAAUCACUCUUCUAAAACGUGACACACAUGAAAGUUACAACAUGGAAUACAAAUUUGUAAAGGAUAAACAAGAAGCCAGAGCUAGAGUAGCCUUCAGCACUCCAGGCUCUACGGUAGACCGUGAAUUGAGUUUUGAUUGUCUUCUUCGAUCUGACCCUCUGCUCGAAAUCAGCAUGAUCUCACCAUGGAAGAGAGUUUCAAUCAGAGCCUUGGUUGGUGAAAACAAACAAAAGCAAGUGGCGGGAAGAAUUGUAAUCGACGACAAAGAUGAAUACUCUGUGACUGGGGAAUGGAUCAGAAAAAGGGAAGGACAGCUUUAUACUUACAAUCCAUACAUUGAAAUAAUCAUACCAAAUAUGGAAAAUAUAAGACUUAGCAGUUCUUUAGAAUCUUUAGCUUUCAAGAAGAACAAUGACUAUAAUGUUGUAAUCAACACAGACAUGAACAACAAACAGAGAUUGACAAAAGUGAACUUUGACCUAAAAUAUGGUGCAAAACCAAAAGAUGAAAACAAGCGCAUCUUUGUUACAUCAUUAGUACGUCACGAGCUGGGAUUAAAGAAAUCUGAUAUCGAUAUAACUGGCGAUAUUCGACAUCUGGCUCUGGGAUUAGAUCUUAAACUGAAAGGAAAGCAUUCUCACAACACAAAGAGUAUUGUUUCUAACUUUGGGUUAGCAUACGGCAAGAAGCAAUCAGUAUCCGCUGCAUUGGUAGUGAAGAAUAAGUCCAAAAAAUUUACAGCCUUAACUGGUGAUGUUAGCCUGAAAUGGAAUGAUAAAGACUUUUCAAUUGCAAACAACUUCGAACAGAAGAACAAAAGAAGAUACACAAAUGAGUUGAUCUCAAAUAUUGCUGGACACAAAACAAAAGUUGUAAGUGAUCUUAAACUUUCUGAUGAAGAGUAUGACGUCAGCACUGACAUUAGUAUGUCCGGGCAGAAGCCAAUCCAUCUAGAAGCACUGCUCAACCUGGAUCCUAGAAACUUCCGUGUCAAAUCUCGACUUAAUAAUGACUAUUCGGCAGAAUUUGGUUCUCAAUACAAAAAAGCAGCACUUCUACGACUUUCUGGUGAUGUAUCUGUGCCCUCAAGGAGAGUCAAAGGUGAAUUCGAAGCAAAGAAGAAGGAUCCAAUCUACGUUGGACAUUUGGACAUUCAAUGGGAUGCUAAUGUAGACAAGGAAAAACAAAUAUUUCUUGACACUCAACUGACAUACAAAACCAAGAACGAAAUUGAUGCUGUCCUUGUAUUCAAGAGUCCACUGCAAAAUAACAAGAUCAACAUCAAUCGCAAAAACGAAAAUGCACAUUGUGACAUAAAAUCCGACGGAAAAGAACAACUAUCUGUUGAUGCAUCUUUAAAACAAAAAUAUGGUAAAGAUCAAGUCCAAAUCGAUGGAAGCUUAACAGUACAUACUGCAGUAAAAGGAUUAAGUUAUGUUAAACUUGGAAUGAACCAUUUGUCAGAACCCCGUCAAUAUAAAACAAACUUUGAUGUCAACUGGAAACCAGAUAACCAAAUAUCGGCUGCAUUUUCACUAAAAAAGCCAUUUAGCAUUCGUCAAUUCCAAGGAUCUCUCAACCUCAAGACACCAUUAAAGGGAUUCAAAACAUCGUUCCUGGAAAUUUCUCAUGAUGCAAAAGACUCGCUGAAGUCCUUUGUAAAUGUUCAGGUAAACAAGAAUUCUUUACAGUUUGAUGCAUCUGCAAAGAAGGAAAACAACAUAUACUCAGGACAUGCUGGGGUCAAAUCUAACAUUCGAUCCAUCCAAGCCGUUUCUUUAGAUCUUAGUCACCAAAGUCGGGAUAAAACUAACGAAAACAGUCUUGUUCUAAAUAUUAAUGGAAACGAAUACAGAUAUGAAGGUAAACUCACACAUGACAGAGCAGGUCUUAUGGUUCAGCAGAGCGGUAAAAUAACUCUAUCUUCACCAACAAGCCGAUACGAUUCUACAUGGCAACACAGUAAUACACUCAAUGAUGUAACAACAGUGAUCACAACCAACAUGAAUGGACAGCAAUAUGCCUUUAACAUUAAGGGCAGACAUAAUCUUGCAUGGAAAGAAGCAUCCAUCCAGUAUACAUUGACCUCCGCAACUCCAUUUGGAAAGGGACAACUUAUGGUUAGUCAUUUACAUAAAGACAGUUCCAUGGACACCAUUCUCUCGAUGAGCCAAAAUAGCAAAAACCUAUUUACAAGUGAAGGUCAUCUUAAAACUGAAAAUGGGGAACUCAUUGCUACUGGGAACCUCCUACUUAAAGGUGAACAAAUGGUUGCACUAGAAGGACGAUUGAAAACAGGAUCCCAGAAAUAUGUUUUGAUCACAUUAUCUACUCCAUUUAAAUCAUUUAGAAGACUUAGAACAGAGAUGGAAUUUGAAGGAAACAUGAAGUCAAUGACCUCCUCUGUCAGCUUUGAACUACAACCAAUUGUAAGAAGAAUUCGACUCUUGUCUACAUUCAACAGAAUUGGGGGUGUGUCCGGUAAUGUAAGACUCGAAACCCAAUACCAACAACUUCCAUCCAGUGAAAUAACAUUCUCAAACCGCCCUGAGAAUGACAAAUCGAGAACCGAUAUCAAGGUUGAGUACUUACCAGGAAAGAUCGUAUCAUUGACAUCCAGAACUCUUUUAGAUGGACAAAAGCUAAGUGCUGAUGUCAGUAUUGCAACUCCUUUUGAAAAAUUACAACGUUUAACAGCCAGUAUAACACAUGACCCAACCGUUAAAGGAUGCAUAACGGAAGUCGAAAUGGAGUAUCCAGAGGGGAAAUCCUACUAUGCUGAGCUUGUUGUUGAAUACAGAGAAAACUACCACUCUUCAGUCACAAUACGUCUUCCUAAUUACCAUCCAGUAACCGCUUCUUUGAGCCACAAAGGAACAUGGAAUCAAUUUUUAUCUGGGGCUUCCUUGCAGUAUGACAGAAAUGGCAAACAUCAACUGGAUAUCAGUUUCCAUAAUGGAAAAAGCCUCCAAGGUUCAUUCACUAUGAAGUCGUCUCUGGUUGAAGAUACCUUUGCUUCCUUCUCUCAUAGUGGAAAUAGAAAAAGCAUUAAUUCUAACAUUUUGUUAAAAUACGGGAAGAAUAAGCCAAUCAAUGUAGACAUAGAAAUGACAAAUUCCAAAAGAAUGAAAGGAACAUUAAAAGUUGUAUCUCCCAUCAUGGAUGAUAUCACAGUUCUCUUGGUACACAAAGGCAAAAGUACAAGCUUCAAGACAAAAGCAAAGAUUGGAUGGGGAAAGAAGGAGGAAAUUGAAGGAGACCUGACAUUCAACUUUAUCAAAAAUCUGAAGACAGACAUUUCAAUAUCCACACCUUUCAAGAGCAUCAGAAAAAUGUCAGCUUUUGUAUCACAUGAAGGAAAUUUACGCAACUUCAAAUGUCAGGCCGAAUUUAAAAUUGGAAAAAAUGUUUGGGGUGCUAAUGUAAAAUCAAACGUUGAUCCAACUUUAUCAACAGAGCUUACUGUCAACACACCUCAUGACGGAUAUGAAAAGAUGAGAGCCUCCUAUACGCACAACGGCCAACUUUCUGACUUUAAAUGUCAUCUGGAAGUUACAAAGAACAAGAAAGACAUUAUUGGUGAUUUGCAAUUUUCAUCUCAACCAUUGGUUCUAUCUGCAACUCUUCAAACACCGGUGAAAAGGUAUGGCAAUCUAAAGGCGUUACUUAGCCAUGUUGGGCCGCUAAGCAACUUCCAGACUAAAGCUGAAAUAACUUACUCUGAUUCUAAAACUAUAUCACUAGAUACAUCUGUCAGCACAAAUGACCGAUUGACUGUUUCUGUUGAUAUCAAGACACCAUUCAAGGAAUAUGGAGAAAUGACAGCCAAACUUUCGCACUCAGGAACAUCUAAUAAUUUUGCCUCUCGAUUAGAAACACUUCUUCAAAGGAAAAGAAGUCAAUUGGACAUUUCAUUCUCUAGUCUUGGUACUCUACAUAAUUUCAUCAGUCAUGGAGAGAUUGGUUACAACGGCAGAAAACAGCAUGAAGCCAAUAUUGAACUCCAGAAUCGUGACAAUAGAGUAUUUGUAGAAAUGUCAUACAACACUAAGGGACGUAUGUCAACACCUUUAACUGAGGAUAUUGAAAUCUUCCUUGACCAUCAAGGUACUUCAACUGAUUUCAGAUCACAAGCAAGUGCAACCUACAGUGGAAGUAAACAACAUGAAUUUGUUUCGACAUUUAAACGUAGCGGCACACUUAGACAAUUCCAAGUAUCUGGUGAAGUUCAAUACAAUAAUAAAAGAACUGCUCUAACUGUCGACAUUGACACUACCUCAAAAUUAUCCGCAAAUAUGGCCCUUCAAUCGCCAAUAUCGAAGGAUAUUCAACUAGAAGUUUCCUUAGAUGGAGAAUUCAAAAACUUCAAUACCAAAGCUGAGCUUCAGUAUGGUGACGAAAAACAUGAACUAUUAGCAGACUUCAAUCUUAAUGGAGAAAUACGCAAUUUUGCAGCAAACGGUAAAACAGCUUAUAAUGGUAAGGAACUAUCUAUCGACAUUUCUGCAGAUACCAGAAAAGAUGUUGAUGGCAAAGCUACACUAAAACUGCCAUAUUUUGAUGACAUUAUAGUUAUUAUUAAAAAAAGUGGAAAUAUAUUUGACUUCAACUGGGAUUCACAAGCUGAACUAUCUUACAGCGGAUUAAAACAACAUGAAGUUACAGCUAGCAUGAAACAAACAAAGUCUGACGAACAGUUAAAAUCAUUCAGUCUUUUCAAAUACAACAGAAAGGCAUUAUCAUCUGAUAUCUCCAUUGAUUUAACUAAUGGUUUAGACAUGAAUAUCGACAUACAAUUACCUUUCAGAAACAUGAAAGCAUCUGUUUCCCACGAACUCCAAGGUACAUUGAAUAAUUUCCAUUCAAAUAUCAAAUUGACCCUGAAUGACAAGGAAAUCAAGGCAAAAACAAAUCUUGAUAUUGCUAGUGGACUUGAAAUUACGUUGGAGACACCUUUUACUGAAUAUGAAAGAAAUAAGGUUUCACUGACAUUUUCAAAUGUGCAAUCUCUCAUUUCUGGAAAGGCAGUCGCGCAAAUUGGAAAACAUAAAACUCAACUUAAUGGCAAAGUUGAUACAUCAACUGGUUUGAAAAUCGAGCUGUGUCUAAAAACACCACUAACGGAAGACUUUGAAGUGAUUAUCAACGGAAAUGGAGAUCUGCAUGCAUUCCGAUACGAAUCGUCUGUUAGCUAUGGAAAAGAAGGAGUUAGAGGAGAAGUCAAUCACGAGUGGUCCUCAAUUGCAAUCAAAGGGAACAUGCUGCUAUUAACACCUAUUAUAGAAGACAUCAAAAUAGAAUAUGGCGUAAACGGAAAUCUGAAGUCCUUCGGAACAACAGUGAAGGCAUCCAUUGGUAACAUGAAUGCAAUUGAAGAAGUAACAAGGGUCAGACUUGGAGAAAUGUUUGUAGACUUCGACGCAACACUGAAAACCACUUUAUCUGGAAAUGUUAAACUGUCUGAGCUUAGAAUUUCACAUGAUGGUUACAUUUCAAGCUUUAAAACAAACAUUGAGGCGAAAUAUGACGACCAGACAAUCAAAGCAGAUGCAUCCUUUAAACACCUUCCAUCUAUCGAGGGCUCACUAAGCUUCCAAACACCAUUUGAGAAACUAAAAGAUGUUAAUAUCAAGAUUGAACAUUCUGGAUCUCUGAAGUCUUUCACAACAAUCGGAAGUCUUCAAUAUGCACCAGACAAAAAGAUGGAAGGAAAUGCUAGAUUCACAAUGUAUCGACCAGAAAGUUUGUACUUAAAUGUCGAUCUCCAAACUCCACUCACCGCAAUUCCUCAUUUGAACGGUAGAUAUCGUCAUGAUUUGAAAGCAACCAGUCUCAUAUCAUCUGCAUAUUUGACGCUCAGUGAAAACAAUCCUCUAAUUAACGGAAACCUCAAAAUAACACAAGAAAUGAUCGAUAUUUCCUUGAAUACACCGCAAAGCAGAUACUCCGUCAACGCAGACAUGAAAACGCAAGGCGACACCUACUCACUGUCCGGAAAUGCUGCAAAUGGAGGAAAAAAGAUUACUCUUGCCAUGGAAAAAACUCUAUCCUCAUUCAGCAUUAAUCUUGAAACACCAAUCCGAGGAUAUAAGAGAACACAGGUUAAAGCAUCUGCAUCAAGAAAACCAUACCAUGCUGCACUGAAUAUACAGACAUCAUACCUACCUGAAAUUGACUUUGAUGCACGCCUAACUGGCAACCGGUUCGAUGAGUUAGAUGGAUCUCUUACACUUAAAACAGGAUUAAAUAAUUUGAGAAAUAUACGAAUGUCCAUGAAAAAUGAAAAAAAUCUUGGAGAAUUAAAAUCCCACAUUGAAGCAUUUUUCACUGAGCGCAACGGAAUAACUAUAGAUGCGUCUCUCACUAAAACAGACUCCUCACUGUCAGUGUCUACUCCUUGGGAAUCUCUUCGAACUGCUUACGGGUAUGUAAAAUACGACUGGCGUAGCCAAACAAAUCAUUUGAUAGUAGCAACAAAUAUGAAAAUCAACAAAGAAACAUUGUACGAUGUUGAUUUCGAAAUGGAUGCUGAGAAAAGAGAGGAAAUAACACUGAUAAUUAAUGUCAAUGAACCGAGACUAAUGAGGUUUGAAAUAAAUAAACUGUUCUCCUCAGAAACAUACAUGCUUGUAAAUUGGAACAAGCUAGAUAGAGACAGCAGGUGCAGAAUGGACAUUACAUACAAUUCAGACUGGUCUGACAGGAAACAGAUUGCUAGCUAUAGAGGUGUGUGCGGGUCUAAAUCUUACGCCAUUGGGGCAUCGUAUCACCGUCCUGAUGAUUCGUCCAAAAUUGUUCUAUUUAUAGAGAAAGAUGAUGUCAGAACACAUGGAUUUGAAACAAUACACGAAAACAACGGACAAGAAAAAUACACUCUACAGCUACCAUCUAGGACAGUUGUAUUAUCAACUGUAUCAUCAUCAGGAUAUGGAAUAAGCAGUCAAGUAUUCGAUUUCUCGUGGGAUGCAGAGAGAGACCAAAACAAAAGAGUAGCAAUGAGGACUACAAAAAAUACCAGAACUAAUGGAGAUGAACUUACAUUGGGUUUAGAAAUGCCAAGUCUCGGGAAGGAUAUCCAACUUGAUUACAAAAUGUUAAUUGGAUAUGGAAACGUUAUUUAUGAUGGCCGUACAGCAUUCAGAUACUCAAAAGAUUCACGUAAAACUUUUACAUUGAGUUCAAAAUUAGAAGAUGUAUCAGGACGUGGGGAGGAUUACAAGUUCUUACUUGGUAUAAGUCACCCAUAUACUACCGUGGACAUUCAAACUAAGGCAAUAUUCGGAAAAUCUGACGACAAACUCUCAGCUGGUUUUGAUAUCCAAUACCUGACUGCAAGACGUCAAACAAAGAACAUCGCUUUAAUAACCGAGAUUGAUAAACUCAAACGUCAACUGAAUAUACAGGUUCUUUCUCCAAUCAAAACAAUGAAAAUGGAUGCUAGUGUUGAGACAUCACCUUUCAAACUGACAAUCAAAAAUCUUUAUGAUGAUACCAAGCCAAUCAAUACAGAGCUGACAGUUGACCCUAAUGAUAGUAGCCUGGAUUUCAACAUGAACUAUGAUAUCAAAAACCCAGACAAUACACUCCAUGUGAAUGCUAAAUUCUCUGACGAGAAAGGAAUAUCUGCAGAACUGUACAGAAAUGUAAAUCAGAAGAAAACUGUAGACAGCUUGCUUAAUCUCCGAUUAAAAACAUCCAAGAUUCUUCAUACACGUGUUCACUGGCGUCCAUCAAUUAUCAGUGAUCUCAAGGCUGAACUAACAAAACGAAUUGAAGAAUAUGGCAUAAGAUCUGGUAUGGCAAUUGAAGCGUCUUCUGAUGAAAUUAACAAAGAAAUAUUAUACAAGAGACGAUUAUUCCAAGCUUCCUAUGCAGAAGAAGUCAAAUCAUAUGCUGAUGCCAUCAAUGACAAACUGUCUGAACUCAGAACAUUGAAAGCAGACAAUGCCUUUUAUCUUCAAGACAUUUGUAAUUCUGUUGAUACUACCAUGACAAGAAUCGGUGAAUUUGCAGAAGAUUGUAAUGAAGCUUGGGGGAGAUGGCCAGUCAAACAUAAAAUUGGUGAAUACAUGAACAGUCUUGAACAGCUACAACAGAGACUGGAUGCCUAUUCCAAAGAUACUUAUAUCAACAUGGGUGGCCAGUUAAACAGCAUUACAACAAAUUCUUAUCAGAGAUUACUGGAUUACAAAAACUCUGUUGGAAAUCACCAAACUGUUGUCAAUUUAAAAUCGAAAUAUAACACUUAUAUGGAUCAGCUUAAAAAUAUGAAAUUAAAUGAGCAAUGGUCUAGCAUUGCCAACCAAUACACAUCAAGCAUAUACAACAUCAGAGAGGGGAUCAACCAAAGACUUGUCAACUCGUUACCGACACCAAUGUACAACAUGGGAUCAUCUGCAUACAAAUACUGGGAAUUUGAAGAAAACGUAAAUGCUUUAGUUGACAAAAUAUUUGAAGAAUUGAAAAAAGAUGCUACCAAGGAGAUGUCUGUUUUAAAAGAGGUUUUCGGAAAUGUACUCAAAUCCAAAGUUAUUAAAUAUGAUAUACCAAAUGGAGAGAUUAUAGUAGAUUUUUACCUGCCUGUUGAUGUACGCACUCUCAGCUCACUAAAAGACAUUUCUUUAAGACAAUACUUUCCAGAUAUGAGCUUUCAAACUCCAAAACUGAAUUUCUUUGGAUCUUUAGAGGAUUACAUGCCACACAUGACCUGGACAGUAAGUGCAAAAGUACAUGGCCGACACUUUACAACUUUCGAUGGUCAAGAAUUUGACUUCAGUGGGCGAUGUAGCUACGUUCUUGCACGAGACUAUGUAGACGGCAACUUCAGUAUCAUCAUGAACUAUUUGGGCAGACAAAAGAAGAAGUUGAUCUUGACUUCUCACCAACAAAAUGUUCAAUUAUCACCAAAUGGAAAGGUCAGUGUCGAUGGUGUAGUUAUGGAUCUACCUUACAGAUCAACAGAAUUUGCAGUUUUCUCUGUCGAUGGUAAGGUGUUCAUUGAGGGUCGUGGAUUCCAAGUUAAAUCCGAUCCAACCGUAGAUAUGGUCGACAUUGAUUUGAGCAAGUGGUACUUUGGUAAAACAGGUGGACUUCUUGGUACUCUAAACCAUGAACGUUACGAUGAUAUGAUUAUGCCAAAUAAUCAAAUUACAUCCGACGCUUUCGCUCUAGGAAACGCAUGGCAAGUUCAAGAUAGAUGUUGAAUACACAUUUCAUACUUUGAAAUACCAUGAAAUAGAAAACUGUGAUUAUUAACUUUUAAUUGAUAUUUUGGAAAUGUUGUGAAACUUUUAAUGAAAUAAACUAAAUUUAAG